AUGCACCGCCCGAGUCAUGUUGCUGAUACAUGCUACCUGCACAGAAUGAUUGCCAUCUUCGACGAGGACGGCGGCGGCGACGUCGACUUCCAGGAGUUCGUUUCCGGCCUCAGCGCCUUCUCGAGCAAGGGCAACAAGGAGCAAAAGCUGCGUUUUGCCUUCAAGGUGUAUGAUAUUGACCGCGACGGUUACAUCAGCAACGGCGAGCUGUUUAUCGUCCUCAAGAUGAUGGUUGGCAGCAACCUCAAAGACCAGCAGCUGCAGCAGAUCGUCGACAAGACUAUCAUGGAGGCAGACCUGGACAAGGACGGCAAGAUUAGCUUCGAGGAGUUCACCAAGAUGGUGGAGAACACAGAUGUCAGCAUGAGCAUGACCUUGGGUAGAGAUACACCAUUACCCCCUGGCGGCAUCGCGGCCGCUGUAUUGGCCUGA